AUGCGUGGAUUCAUUGUUUUGUGUUUGUCCGCCGUGGCCAUUGCCGCGCCACAAGGCUACAACUAUAACCCAACUUCCGCUGGUGCUGCUGCUGGUGCCAUCGCACAUGGAAAUGGCGGUUUCGGUCAGUUCGGUCAGUCCUCCAGCUCUGGUGGCGGUUUCUUCGGCGGCAGCGGUCUUUCCGGUGUUUCCGGUGGUGUUAGCGGUGGACAUGGUGGUUUCUUUGGUCAUGGUGGUGCUGGCGUGCAACAACAGCAAGCUGUGGUGUCCAAGCGUUUCUUCAUCCAUACCGCACCUGAAGAUGCCGAAGAGCAGUACCAAGAGAAACACAUCACCGUCGGUGUGCCACGCAAGAACUACAAUGUAGUCUUCAUUAAAUCACCAAGCCGUUCGCAAAAGAAGGCCUCCAUCAAGAUCACACCCGCCAUCAACGAAGAGAAGACCGUCAUCUAUGUGCUCAACAAGAAGACCGACGGCACCGAUAUCGACGCUCAAGUCUUGGAGCAGCCCGCUGUCACCACCAAACCCGAAGUGUUCUUCAUCAAGUACAAGACCGCCGAGGAGGCUCAACAUGCCCAACAGGAAAUCCAAGCUCAAUAUGAUGCGCUCGGCGGCAGCAGCCAGGUCACCGACGAGGGUGUCGCUCCAGUCAGCUCGGUCAUCGGUUCAUUGGGCGGCGGCGAUGGUGCUGGUGCUCAUGCUGGCGCUGGAGCUGGUGCUGGUGUCGGCAUCGGUGGCGGUAUUGGCGGUGGUAUUGGUGGUGGUAUUGGCGGUGGUGCCAUCGGCGGACAUGCCGGUAACAAUGCAUACUUGCCACCCAAUUUCAAAUAA